AUGGCUCGUGGGGAGGACACGCGUGGGAGGCGCGAGCCGUCGCUGGCGCUGUCGUCGCUGCUGUCGCUGCUGCUGUUCGCGGGGAUGCAGAUGUACAGCAAGCAGCUGGCCUCCUCUGAGUGGCUGACCAUCCAGGGCGGCCUGCUGGGCUCCGCGCUCUUCUUCUGCUCCCUCACCGCCUUCAACAACUUGGAGAGCCUGAUCUUCGGCAAGGGCUUCCAGGCCAAGAUCUUCCCCGAGAUCCUUGUGUGCCUCCUGCUUGCUCUCUUCGCCUCCGGCCUCAUCCACAGGGUCUGCGUGACCACCUGCCUCAUUUUCUCCAUGGUUGACCUCUACUACAUCAACAAGAUCUCCUCCACGCUCUACCAGUCCUCCGCCCCUGUCGUUAUGCCCACCAAGACUGUUGGCAAAGGCAAGAAGAGGAACUGAUGCCCCUGGCCCUCUGCGGGGCAGAGGGGGCAGCCCCCUGGCCAGCCCAGGACUCUGCAGUGACCAAUAAAGCAGCCUGUUUGUACCUUC